AAGGAGCCGAAAGAAGCUGCUGCCUUAAGUAGUCAGCAUUUUAAGCGAGAUGGUCCGUGCUUUGCCACGUGAUGGUUUUGAUUGGUAUAAAAGGUUUUGUAACUAUCAGUUUUCUUCAUGGUUAAGCCAUGCUGUCAGUUCCUGUACAUUUUGUUGUUACUCUAGCUAUCUGGUCAAUAUUUUGACUUGGCUUCUACUUGCUUUACCCUCCAACCCAAUAAACUAUGUUUUCAGCGAAAGAAUUACUUUCAUUCCGCUAUCUAGCUAUCUAACUCAACCGCGUCAUAAGGGAAUUUAGUGAAUUAGCACUAAAAAGGUCAUUUAAGCUGCCAAAUAUCAGGAGAAAUGGAAUCCAUCAUACCAAUUUUCAUAGACUAAUUAGAAUGUCAGCUUCCCCAAGCAUCCUUAAACCAUCAUUGAGCAUAUUUCCUGGGUAAUCACCAUUCC